AUGGCCUCUACCUACACCCUCCGCAAGAUUGGUGCUCCCCACACCCUGGAGCACCGCGUCUACAUCGAGCAGGAUGGCGUCCCUGUCUCCCCUUUCCACGACAUUCCCCUGUACGCCAACAAGGAGCAGACGGUCCUGAACAUGAUCGUUGAGAUCCCUCGCUGGACCAACGCCAAGCAGGAGAUCUCCAAGGAUGAGCUCCUCAACCCCAUCAAGCAGGACAUCAAGAAGGGCAAGCUUCGCUUCGUCCGCAACUGCUUCCCCCACAAGGGCUACCUCUGGAACUACGGUGCCUUCCCCCAGACCUGGGAGGACCCCAACGUCAUCCACCCCGAGACUAAGGCCAAGGGUGACAACGACCCUCUUGACGUCUGCGAGAUCGGCGAGCUUGUCGGCUACACCGGCCAGGUGAAGCAGGUCAAGGUUCUCGGUGUUAUGGCCCUCCUCGACGAGGAGGAGACCGACUGGAAGGUCAUCGUCAUUGACGUCAACGACCCCCUGGCCCCCAAGCUCAACGAUGUUGAGGACGUCGAGCGCCACCUGCCCGGUCUUCUGCGCGCCACGAAUGAGUGGUUCCGCAUCUACAAGAUCCCCGACGGCAAGCCCGAGAACCAGUUCGCCUUCACCGGCGAGUGCAAGAACAGGAAGUACGCCAUGGAUGUCGUCCGUGAGGCCGCCGAGGCCUGGGACCGUCUCAUCACCGGCAAGACUCAGCCCGGUGGCAUCUCGACCACCAACCUGACUGUUGCUGAGUCCCAGAGCCGCGUCACUCCCGACCAGCUCCCCCCUCUGCCCGCACACCAGGAGCUUCCCGCCGAGAAGAUCGACGCCUCUAUCGACAAGUGGUUCUUCAUCAGCGGUGCUGCCAGCUAG